AUGCCUUUCAAACGGAGAGCGAGGAUGCUGCAGUGGCUGGGGUGCACACGCCUGGGGCCCCUGUGGCUGUGGAAGGCCCUCCUGGUCUGUGUGGCCUUCGCCUUCGCCGGACAGUUGCUGGGGGUCAUCUUCAACAAGAGCCUCCCCUCCGGCCGCUCCGCCCUCUCGGCCCCGGAGCAGGGCCCCUCGCUGGGCUCCUGUCAGCCGCACACUCACAUCAUGUUCCUGAAGACGCACAAGACAGCCAGCAGCACGGUUCUCAACAUGCUGUACCGCUUCGGCGAGGGGCGGGGCCUGCGCUUCGCUCUGCCCCUGGGCUACCAGCUGGGCUACCCUCUGCCCUUCAACGCUCACAGGGUCAAGGGCUACAGGGCCCCGGGGGAACCCAGCUUCCACAUCAUGGGCAACCACAUGCGCUUCAACAGAGCAGAGGUGGAGAAAGUGAUGCCUUCUGACGCCUUCUACUUCUCCAUCGUCCGUGACCCGGUGGCUCUCGCCGAGUCUUCCUUCGCCUACUACAAAGAGGUGGCGCCCGCCUUCCGCAAAGCCCGGAGUCUGGGUGAGUUUGCAGACAACCCCCACAAGUUCUUCGACCCGCGGCUCCGCAACAACCACUACGCCCGCAACCUGCUGUGGUUCGACUUCGGCCUGGACCACAACGCCAACUUCUCCUCUGCCUUAGCGCGCCACGGCGUGCGCGUGAUCCAGCAGGUUUUCACUUUGGUGCUGGUGUCUGAGUACUUCGACCAGUCCAUGAUCCUGCUCCGCCACGCCCUCUGCUGGCCGCUGGACGCCGUGGUGUCCUUCAGCCUGAACGCGCGGCAGCAGAAGCCGGAGCCGAGCGGGAGCUGGGUCAUCAAGGCGGCGCCAGUGCACGCCAAGGUGAUGCCCAACCUGUCGCUCACAGAGGAGCAGCGCGAGAAGCUGCGGGAGUGGAACGCCUUGGACUGGGCGCUGUACGAGGCCUUCAACAGGACCUUUUGGGAGCGCGUGCAUAAGUUUGGGUCGGAGCGGAUGCAGAGGGAGGUGGGGCUGCUGAGGGCGCGCCGGGAGGAGCUCGCCAAGGUCUGCCUCAGGGACGGCGGGAAACCGGUGGAGGCUCAGCGCAUCCGCGACAAAACCAUCAGACCCUUCCAGAGCGGCGUGGUGAAGAUCCUGGGCUACGAGCUGCAGCCACGGCUCGACAACGCCACCAGGACGGCAUGCCUCAGGAUGAUCCGCCCCGAGAUCCAGUACAAGGACGUGCUGGACGCCAAGCAGUUCCCACGGUCUCCAUCACCGCGGUGUGCCAAGUGUUCAUGA